AUGGAGGACGCGACUCGAGACAUCGAGACGCUCGCAGAGGCGCAGAUAAUGUGGCUCGCUUUUGGACACCACUGCGCCUGCGCCCACACGCACUUCGUGCACGAGGCGGUGCGCCACCAGCACCUGCCUGCGUUGCGGCUCCUUCUGCAGGAGGGCCACGCGUGUGACGAGCACUGCAACGGGCGCAGGCCCCUGCACCUGGCGGUGCAGACCUGCAUGGUGGAGGGCGACCAGGGGCACCUGAUGGCGAGGCUGCUGCUGGAGCACGGGGCCAGGCCGGACGCCGGGCCUGGGGACGACCUCAGGAAGUGCUCGCCGCUGACCGACGCGGCGCAGCGCUGCUGCGCCCCGGCAGUCGCCCUGCUGCUGGCCCACGGCGCAGACCCGAACCAGGCCGACCUGCGCGGCGACACGCCGCUGCACAUCGCCUGCCGCUAUGCUCAUCCGACGCGGGGGCCCCCGCUUCCGCACGCGGAGGCCCUCGGCCGGACCGUCCAGGAGCGCAUCGUGGACCUGCUCCUGCAGAGAGGCGCCGACCCCUCGCAGAGGGACCACGCCGGGCAGCCGCCGAUCGCGCAUAUCCCGAGGCAGAGCGCAUGCCUGCGCCAGAAGCUGCAGCGGGCGGAGCGCUGGUGGUGCCAGCGCGGGUUCCGGGUGGUCUGCGCGUCCUUCGCUCGGGACCGCCCGCCCGCCGAGGACCGCCUGACGACCUCCGCCUGCCUCGGCAAGGUGGACAUCGUGCAGGUCAUCGGGUCCUACUUCUGACGCGAGCGCCCGCGUUCCAAUGAGCGAGCUCUCAGCCGCAGCCAGUCCUCGAUCGGCAUCGCGCGCGCGCUCUAAUGAGCCAGGCAGCCAGGUCCUGCCUUGUCUGCCUCGUGCGGCUUCCACUUAGGGAGGACGACCAGCGUCGUGGACGCGAGCUAUCGGAGGGACGUCCGCGCGGGU